CUUGAAGUGGAAUUUCGCCGUUGUUCUUCUUAACGAAAUACGACCCCUCAAGGUUGAACUUUUCGUAAAGACUUUUUUUUUUAGAAGUUUAUUGUGAUGCAAGGUGAGGGUUUAUGCCCUCAGUGCCCCACAGAAGAUGACAUGAGAGAGGGGGAUCUAGGUGAUGGCAUGGGGGCCAGAUCCAGAGGACAUCAUGACCAUCUCCCACAAAUUAAGAGUAAGGGAAAGUUUCUGGGCUUCCUGUCUCAGUCACGACCAAUAAAAGGGGGCAGCGAAAGAAGCAAUGGACCCUUCUCUUGGACAUCAUGCAGAGCCAUGUAUGCUGUUUUUAGGGAAGAACUGGAAGCUGAACGAGCUGCACGGUGGGAGAAAAGACAAUCAGAAAGCUCUUCUGAGGACACAAGUGAAGAGCUGCUGCAGAGAAGACUACAGGAGGUCACAGAGGAAGUGGAGCUGUUACGCACAGAACUGGAGGUCACUCAUCGCCACCUGGAGGGAAAACAUGAAGCUCUUAGGAUCUUGCAAGGACAGGCAAUCUUGGACAAAGCAACUUGUCAUACUAAAAUAUUGCUUCAGAAGAGUGAAGAGAGGAACAAGGCCCUAGAAAAGGAGGUUAAUGCACUGCAAUGGGAGAUCACUUUCAACCAGGUGCAGUUCAAGAAUGUGGAAAACUCAUGGAGUUUAAAGUAUGAGAGGGUGUUGGCAGAAAACGAAGCCCUAAAGAAAGCACUAGAGGAGAAAAUGAGAGAGCAUCAGGAGCAAAGGACAGAGAAUGCUUCUCUGAGCCAAAAAUGUCUGGAGCUCCUGUCUAUGCUCAGUGCUAAGGAAAGAAGGGACUACCAGAGGACCCAGCCUCCAUGCAGCCUGAGAACAGACGGUUCGGCUCUAGAGCUGGCAGUGUAUGGGGCAUGUCAGUGUAACUCUAAUGGGGGCAAGCCAUGCUCUUGUGCCAGAAGUGCUGCUGCAAGUCGCAAACAGGUUCUCCAGCUCAAGCAAGAGCUGGAGGAGCAGCAGAAGAGGAAGGAGGAGGCUUAUGUCAUGAUGGAUGCUUUCCGCAUCGCCUUUGAGCAGCAGUUAAGGAGAGUCGGUGAGAACGUGCUCCGGCAGGCUGAGACCGACAGACACCAGCCACAUUACCAAAGGGAUGAGAGAGGGAAGCAAGGGUCUCUCAGUGUAGGUGAAAGGCUAAAGAAAUUUCUGCCCACAACAAGUGAAGGAAAGAUAUCAGCCGAUUCAAAUGAAACACUGCAUAUGCUGCUUGAUCUGUUAAAUGACAAAGAGGAGGCUUUGGCACAUCAGAGGAAGGUGAGCUACAUGUUGGCGCGAAACACUGAAGAUCUGGAAAAACGUCUCCAGAUGCAGCUAGAGGAGCUCGGCCUCUCACACAAAGACAGUAAAACAAAAACAGAGGCUUCUGAGGAGAGUGAAUGGAGCAGAGGAAGAGACUGUAGAUGCUCUGCAGACAGCGGUGGAUCACAGCAUCUCUCUGUUCCUGACAGCCCUGCAGCUCAUGAUGAGCAGUCCUCCAAACCAAAUCAAGCCUCCACUGAAAUUAAAGAAACUGACAAUAAAGAUGUUUAAAAGAACAAGAAAAUGUUGUAUUAUUUCAAAAGACAAAUACCUGCAAUAUUUUCAUAUA